CAAUAAUUCAAUAUAUGUUAAAUAAAUAAUGUCAAUUACAGGAAAUUGCUGCAAUCGUCCAGCGCAUUUCUGUUAUAAACUCAUUGAAACUAUUUAUUCUUAUUAAAUUAUGCUACAGUUUUAUUUUAAUUAAACUAAAUCAAUUACAAUUUUCUAAGAAUGUUGUUCCAGUUCGUUGAAGAUGUUCAAACACAUAGCUCUGAUGCAAACGCUAAUAACAGUGGCAUUUUCCGCUAAUAAUAUAUGUAAAUCAUAUCUGGAUUAUCCCACCAAGGAAGUGAACGAGAAUUGCUACUAUGAUCCGAUGAUUUCAGCCACAGUUCCUGAGAUGAUCAUUGGAUAUGGCUAUGGUUUUGAAGAGUUCCAAGUGAUAACCAAAGAUGGUUACGUUUUGAGUUUAAUGCAUUUGUCUAGGAAUAAUUCGAAAUCUACUAAAGCUACCGUCUUGUUGUUGCAUGGAGCAGCAGGAUCAUCAGCUUAUUUCGUGGAUAAAGGACCGAAAGUUUCUUUAGCUUUUCGUUUGCACGACAGAAACUUCGAUGUUUGGUUGGGGAAUUUCCGCGGUAAUCUUUACUCCAAAUCGCACAAAUCUUACGAUACUGAUGAUUCAGAGUUUUGGAAUUAUUCAAUGCACGAAAUUGGAAUUUACGAUAUACCCGCAAUGUUGGAAACUGUAGUAGCAAAAACCGAUGGACGUAAAGUUUUUGUGGUGGGUCAUUCAAUGGGUGGAACAUCUUCAGUGAUUUAUUCAUCGUUGAGACCGGAACACGCUGAAAAACAUGUAAAAGCUUUCGUUUUCAUGGCGAUUUCGGUGUUCUUCACCGGAAUAGAAUCAACGAUCAAAGAGAUUACACCAUACGUUCGAUACUUUCAUAUUUUUCAGAGAUUCGGAGAUUCGCUUGGAAUCAGAGGGCUUGCAUUAAACGAAGAUGAAGGUAUGAAGAUUAUUGCUGAAUUAGCUUUGAAUGUUCCGAUGUAUAGAAGAAUGUACAUGGCUGUACUCGACUCGUUAUUCGGGUAUGAUCCUGAGAUGUUCUACGAGCCGACGUUUCCAACUUUCCUAUCCCACAAUCCUUCAGCGGUGUCUUUGAAGAUUCUGAUACACUACGCGCAACUCAUCCAGGAAAAGGUAAAAUUCCAACAAUUCGAUUACGGUUCAAGCGAAAACUUGAAGAUCUACAACCAAUCGAAGCCUCCACAAUAUCCCAUAGAAAACAUCAACAAAUUCAUCUAUAUUUUAGUAGGUGAAAGAGAUACUUUGGUCACAAUCAAGAGCUGCAAGAUGUUUUACGAUCUUCUGAAGGAAGGUAUGAGGAAGUUCGAGGUUGUUCCAGGCUUCAACCAUUUACAUUUCGUUUACGGUAAAGAUCUUCACGUCGCCUACGAUCCACUCAUUCAUUUCCUUGAGAACAAUUUAAACCUGUAAGACAACGCGAUCUUCAGUUUUUUAAUUUGCUUGACAACCUUCGGUUCAAA